AUGAAGUUCUCCGCCAUCUUCGUCGGCACCUUCGCCGCUCUUGCUGCUGCCCAGGGCUCUCAGAUCAGCAGCGCCGUCUCUUCGGCCAUCUCGGGCGCCAGCUCUGGUGCUUCCAGCCUCGCCUCGAGCGUCACCGACCGCUCUUCGCGCUCCAGCUCUGCCAGCGCCGGUAGCAGCGUCACCUCGUCGGGCGCUUCCUCGACCAGCCAGUCCUCUGCCUCCAGCACCGGCUCGUCUGGAGCUGCCACCACCGACUCGGUCUACACCUCGACCAUCUUCUACCAGUACCCCAACACCUUCCACAAGCCCGUAUCCCCCACUCUCAUGGGCAGCCAGGUCAUCACCGUCUCCGGCACCGAGACUCCUAGCUACACUCUCCCCUCCGGCGCUUCCACCUUCGCCGUUACUGUCAGCAACGUCACUACCACCUACACUUCUACCAACACCUUCCACGGCGCUGUCUCCAAGUCAUGGCUCGUCACCACCUCCUACACUACCACCAUGGGCCUUCCCGGUACCUCCACCACUUCGUCCGAGGGCUCUGCUGGCAAGCUCGGCGUCGGUGCUUUCGGUGCCUUCGCUCUUGGUGUCGCUGCUCUCCUGUAA